AUGGAAGUUCCGUCGCGGGCAUCGUUCCUCGGAAUGGACGAGGUCGACGGAUCGUAUCGAGGACUCCCUUCCCUCUACCUAGGGCUGUUGGCUGCCUGGUCGAUCUCGACAUUCUACUGGGGUGUCAACACAUGGAGAAAUCGACACUUCCAGGUUCUUGAGGCAGUCCCUCGACAUUCUACUGGUCUGUCUGUCAUUUGUCUGUGGGCAGCCACCCUCGGUGAUAUUUUCGUCACUGCUAUGUAGGCUUUAGUUUUCUCCUCGAUCUUGCAAUUCUCUUUGUUCCUUACCGCGUGACAUCCGUUCUUCCCGCCUCCCUUCCGUCAGUUCGGUGGUUUUAGGUUUCUUCGUUCAGGUCUGACAUUAGGUGAGCGUACAUUCUCGGUACAAAUGAUUUAUCCCUUCGUCUUGCUCAGUUGUUGCUUUGAUCUUAUGUGUAUUUUCAUCCCUUUGGAUCAAUGAAAUGUGGAUAUAGAGGUUUCAACAUCAUUUUAAGUCCAUCUUUUAGACGUCCGUAGAAAUUUAACGCGUUUUCUCUGAACUAUGACUCAUUUUCCGCCGCGUCUUUUCGAUUUUGCAUUGGCCGUGAUCCACGUACUUAAAGAAGGAAAUUAGUAUGCCUUCAACAUCAUAUUUCUGAAGAAAUCCAGAGAGAUUGAUGAUCUGUGUUCUUUUACUUGAAUCAUGUAUUAUUUUCAUACUCUCCGCUAUAUUCUUUUUUUAGAUGAAUAUUUAACUAUUAAUUCCCUUUAUGUAUUGAACGGAUAUGACUGUGCAGCUAAACAAUCUACAAUGGAUCUUGGCUUCGGCUCCGUUGACCAAGGUUCUACAACUUGGGCUUUCCCUCCUGUUCUGGUAAGAUUUUCAUCGGCCAUCUCUGUUUUGCUGCAUCCCAAAAUAGCGGUUCUGUCCCAUGAUACUCUGCUUUUCAGUUCAAAAAAUGCAUGCCUAUUUCAGUACUCUGAUAAGCUAUCCAAAUUUGUAUUUCAAGAUCCCUCUCCAUAUAAUCAACCACCCAAAUAGUUAAAAAGUAAGUGAAAAAGGGGAUUAAAUCAUGCUAAAAUAGUAACUAUACUCUUCACCGAAGGAAACAAUCUGUGAGAUGUUGUCUGAUGGGAUGAUCUAAAUUGUUUUUCAUCGUGAGCUAGGAACAUAUGAAGAAUUAUUUUUUAUGAAAAGGUUUAGCCUUUUUUUUUUGGCACAAUUUGAAGAAUUUUGUUACUAUGCUUCUGCAUCUUAAUCUCAUAUUGGACGUUUGGAGCAAUGUGCUCGUGUUUUGGUAAAAAGAUGGUACUUGUGAUGUAAAAGUACCCUGGCCAUUACAACUGUGAUCCUCUGAGAAUGAAUGCAUUAUUUUGAGAUAUAUAUUAUAUAAAUUAUGUUGAAAUUUCUUGUUAUAAACUAUCUGUGUUUUAAAUUUGGAAUUGAAAAGCUAACUAGCAUUUACUUUUGCUAUUUUGUGUGUGUAUUUUCAGGCACUCAUGUUACAACCUUGAGACAUGCUCUCUAUGGAUGUCUUUUGGAGUCUAUGUCUCUGGAAUAUUUUAUCAGACUACAACUUUUGUGUGUUUCCUGCUAAUUUCACAUGGGUAUUGCAUCAUGUGUGAGCAACUCUCCAUCAAUGAGCAACGUAGAACAGCUACACUAGCAUGUUUCUUGUACUUCACCCUUGUUGGAUACAGAGCGGAUGUACCAUAUUCCACUGUGAGUGUCAGAUUCUACGCUCAGAUUUUUGCCUUUUUAGAUGGAUACUACGUGGAGCAAGUUCUGAUUCCAAUGACCCUUUUCAAUGCCAUGUGUUCCAUUUUUUCCUUUUUUUGAGCCUGGAGACGUGUCAUGAUUUGAUUUUUCAGGUCAAAGGAGCCAAAGAGCUAAAAUAUCUUUGUUUUCAAUGCAGGUAUUCAUGCUCCUUUGCUACUUUUUGGCUUUCUACAUGAUAUUCUGCCAUAUCUCGCAGAACCUCGUAGCAUUGAGGGAGCAACUCACUUCUAGCUAUCUAGACGGAAGUAUACAUGGAAUGCAUGAUGCCAUGCAUACAAAGUUUACCAUGUACAAGUAGGUUGUGCAGUUGCAUCACUAGUCCUCUUCGUUAUGUUAUUAAAGUGGUUUUCUUGUUUGAAAUACACGGAAAGGAAUGUCUUAGGAAAUUAUUUUGAUUAAGAGAAGAGACUUUGCUCUAACUGCGUUCAUCUACGAAUUUCCCAUGUUUAGGAAAUUCCAGGGCGCCAUGCAGAUUGUAGCUGUGAUUGAAGUUGCGGUAUGAGUUCCCCAUUCAUUGAUUUCCUUCUUCGCCAGUAUUAUAUGUUGAACUGAGAAAGUAGAGAACUAUUUGGCUGAUUUAGGAAAUUCUCAUCUUUAGAUCUAUAUGAAUAUGGACGAUGCUAUAGAUGAUUACUGGUUCAGAUUGUUAGCGAGGGAGUGGACACAAUUCUGCAUCUUCAUGUACAUUGGGUAAGUUUCGGGCUAUCUCACAUCUAAAAAUACUUUCUCAAUGUUUUCAGAUUCUUCUCUCAUCAGUGGCAACUGUUCACUAUAUGCUAAUCACCGACUGUGUAGCUUCUGUCAACAAAGAACUCUUGCUUCCAAGGGUGAAUAUGAUUGAUGGGAAUAACUCACUUAGAGGAAUUCAACUUCUUUCAGGUGGAUAUUCAGACCACAGGAAAUUUCGCCACUCUUCUCUGUUAUGCGUAUGGUGAAGAGCCGAGGAGUGAGGGUUCCACUGCCAGUCUACCGUGUGGUAUGCUCUUUGUCGAUGAUUUCAAUGUUUUUAACCCGUAUAACUGUGUUGUUGGUGGUGGGACGGAAGAAAUGUAGAAGGUUUAUGUUGCAGAAUGCUCGAGUCCUUGCGUCCUGUGCUUUACAUCAAAAGUUUCUAUAGAUCUUCGCUUGCAUGUCUGAGUUUAAAGCCCCCUUCUCUUGUCUGACGGUUGCUCAUAUAUCUAUACAUGUUCUGCGGAAGAACUUUAGUUCACACAUCAACAAAGGCGAUAAAACUGUCUGGAAAUAAUAUAUUUCUCGAUUUACCCCAUCGCAAAAUCGUCAUCCUUGCUUCCAUAUAGGAAACUGGAAAAUUAUGAUAUUCCCCACCCAGGCCCAAUGUUUUGCAGUUAAGACAUUAAAUAAUAGCAUCCAUGUUCAUAUGCUUACAAUCAUUUUCGAUUAGUUUGUCAUAUCAUAUCUAUGAUUUCUUAAAAACUAUUUAGAUUCAUAACUAGACUAUGUUUCAUGCAAUUACCAUUCAUUUAUUUACGAUGAUUUAGGCGGUUCGCUUUCCGAAACCAUUAUGACGGCUCACAUUAUCUCAGGAAAUUGAUGCCGCCGACUUCAGAGAUCUGGCUUCUCAAUCAUUGCAGGUUGGGGUGGUGAGCUCGUUGACCAGACCAUCGUUAGACUCCCAGUCGAAGUUCCCUUAAAAUUACUACAUUGGCCGGAAAACCAUUUCCUUAUUUAGCUUUUUUAUCCUGCUGUGUUUACAUCGAUUUUGGUCAGACUAACGAAAUAAACUGCUCCGUAGUUCUCACAGCUAAUCUAUCAUGCGCAGCCAAAGUCCCUUCCCCGCGGAGACCCGCGGGGCUCAAUCGAUCAGCUGCUCGUCGUAGUUCAGCAUCCCGUUUGUAGGAAAGCGGCUGCCGCAUGA